GUUCAGACACUUCUGGAGCCUUUUGCUAAAAGGGGGAGGUGAUGUUGGGCUGGUGUAAGUACAGCAGCCAGGCUUGGGCUGUUGUGGCUUUGGAUCUUCGCCAUCAGAGCCCUGCAGACUGUUUUCACUUCUGUUACCUGAAGAAGAACGGCUCUGUUGGGCUAACAAGGUGUGCACAGCUCUCUGCGGCUUCUCCCCAGCCUUCGCCAACGGUCAGAAAGUACCUGUGAGCAUGAAUGUUGUAUUCAGUGUUAACAGACAAUAGGAAAAGGCCUACAUGGGAGUCUUGAGUGGGUUUUUAAACCAUUAUUAUGCUUAAAUACUGAUAAUGUCAAGGUGGAAAUGCCUGGAUAUUUCUACAAUUAGUUCUUUAUUUUUCUUUUUUUGUGCCAGAAGUCAGUACGGAAAAUUCAUGGUGUGGCUUGAAGUGCUUGGCUUUUUUUCUAAUGCUGUAGCAGAACAUGUUGCUCGAGGUGGUGUUUACUCUAGGUUGCUUUAAAAUAUCACUUCCCCUGUGCUUUAUCGAGACAAGGUUUGUUGGUCUGUGGUUGUGUAAGGUGGAGGUGGCGGUGGGAGCAGUGCUGAGGGCAGUGUGGGGCUGUGUGCUGACCUUCCCCUCUCACAGCCCUGGCUCGUGGGACCAGAGAAGGGCAACAGCUGGGGAAGAGUCUGGAUCACAAGUGUGAUGAGGCAGGGCUGAGGGAGCUGGGGUUGUUUAACCUGGAGAAGGGAAGGCCCAGGGGUGACCUUUUUGCUCUCUGCAACUCCCUGAUAAGAGGGUGCAGCCAGGUGGGACUCGGGCUCUUCUCCCAGGUAACAAGUGACAUAAUCUUAAGCUGCACCAGGGGAGCUUUAGGUUGGACAUCAAGAAGAAUUUAUUCAUGCAAAGGGUGAUUAGACAGUGGAACGGGCAGCCCAGGGAGUUGUCACUGUCCCUGGGGGUCUCUAAGGAAAGACUGGAUGUGGCACUCAGUGCCAUGGUCUGGCUGACAAGGUGCUGUUGGCUCGCAGUUUGGACUCCGUGGUCUCAGGUGUUGUCCAGCCCCACCGACCCGUGGUUCUGUGAAGGCCGCAUCCCGCGCGUGUGGCGGACGUGGGCGCCGUUCCCGAGACUGCAUGUCCCAGCGGCCCCCGCGGCGCGCAGGCGCAGUGCGGAGCCGGCGGCAGAGGCUUCAGAUUGAGCAGCUCUCCUCCAGAAACCCCACGGCCAAGUACCACGGCAUCCUGCAAGCUGUGCAGCGCAUCUUCCGGGAGGAGGGUUUGACAGCCUUCUGGAAGGGCCAUGUUCCUGCUCAGUUCCUUUCCAUCGGCUUCGGAGCUGUUCAGUUCAUGGCAUUCGAGAGCCUGACGGAACUGGUGCACAACGUCACCUCCUUCAAAGCCCGCGACUCCUUCGUGCACCUGGUGUGCGGGGGCCUGGCUGCCUGCACAGCCACGGUCGCAGUCCACCCUGUGGACACACUGCGCACCCGCUUUGCUGCCCAGGGUGAGCCAAAGAUUUAUCCCAACCUUCGCCAUGCAGUGGUGAUCAUGUACCAGACAGAAGGGCCUCGGACUUUCUACAGAGGUUUGACCCCUACACUCGUUGCUAUCUUCCCAUACGCUGGUCUCCAGUUCUUCUUCUACAACAUCCUGCAGCAGUUUUCCAAAUGGGUGAUUCCAGCUGAAGCAAAGACUGGGGCCAGCAUUAAAAACCUUGUCUGUGGCAGCUGUGCUGGAGUUGUCAGCAAAAGCCUCACGUACCCUUUGGAUGUGGUCAAAAAGCGACUGCAAGUGGGUGGCUUUGAGCACGCUCGGGCAGCCUUUGGGCAGGUACGGACAUAUGGGGGUUUCCUGGACUGCAUGAGGCAGAUCAUGCGAGAGGAGGGCCCAGGUGGGUUUUUCAAAGGCCUCUCUCCCAGUUUGCUGAAGGCUGCCUUCUCCUCUGGCCUCAUCUUCUUUUGGUACGAGCUGUUCUGCGGCCUCCUGUGUGCCCUGAAGAGCCCUGACAGCACGAAGAGGAAGGAAGGCUGAAAGGGACGUGUGUGGCUGCCUGCUGUUCUCCUCACAAGUGGAGACUGAUGGCCUUGCUCUGUCACGAGCAUGUUGGAAAUGUCAGAGCUCCCAGAGCUCCCCCAGCCUGUGGGGAAUCACCUCCUGGGACCAAACAGAAGGAGAAGGCGACUGCAGUUCUGCUGGAGACACUGAACUGCUUGGCUGGGAGCCAUUCAACAGAGCACGUUCCUUCUGUCUCCUCUCAUAUUAGUGCACAUUGAGUGGGGAGAGGGGGAACCAACAGACCACUCCCUAGCAAUGCCUGUGCUCUGGAAAAGCACCCAAUAAAGUGGGUGAGCUCACCCUGGAUCCCAGAGAGGGGAUUCUGGCCGAGCCUAGUGCUGCUUAACCAACCAAACACCACUUCCUAGCACUGCAUCUGCACAGCUUUAUUCCUUUGCUCCGUGCCUGCUGUUUGCUCCAGGUUCUUGUCUCGGUGUUGCACAGGUCUCUCUGUCCUGUUGGUGUGAAGUCAGGUAAAGCCACAUUUGUGCACAGACCCUCAGUUUUCCUUACCUUUGCUGCCAGCUGCUGCUUCUUGGUCACCAUUUGCUAGCUGAGCAUUCUCUGUCAUCUUAAACACAGCAUCUUCUCUGAUAAUGCUGGAUCAGACUUGUUUUUCCUUUAACUCCAGUGAACUUGAUUGUAUGCUGAAUUCCCUUUUCUCUUCCUGAGUGUCUGGCCAUACAUCUCUUAGGGAUUUGCAAUGCCUCACUCACACUUUUUACAAGCAAACCUGCAUAUCAAGUGCCCCACUGAGGGGAUUCAACGCACAAACUACAUUUUUACUUCAGAGUGCUUUGCUUCAAAGCAGUGAGUAAACAAAUGCUGUAUAGAGUUGAGAAAUAAUUAUUCUAAGCUGGAAUAAUGAAGUCCUGUGGAAACUAGUAAUUUUUAAAAAUCAUUAUUUAUUUAAUAUCACCUCUGAAUGUGUAUAACAAAUAUUUCUGUAGUAGCCUCAAAAUAUUUCAGAACCUCAGUCCUGCACUGGUGCUAGCAGAUGAAAAUGUUUUGACAAGAUUUGCUGAAGUGAAAGGAAUGAACAUCAAAUGGGAAUUGGCUGGCUGAGUUGCUGUUUCACAUGGAUGAUUGAAUUAGAGAUGGAAAAGUGUUUUUCUGGUGUUUCAAAGGUUUUACGAGUGGUUUAAAAAGCCAAUAAAACAACCUACCGACAACUCUGAUUUAUGUAACAGUGGAAAAGAGGAAAAUUACUUUCUUCCUCCUCUUUUAUUCUGUGUUUUUUCAAGCCUAGCGGGGUGUGGCUGGACUGUGUGGAAGGCAGAGUUCCCAGCCCUGCCAUACAAAAGCAUGUUAGUCAUCUGCAAGGGGUGGAUAAGGCAGAGCACUGCAGUUAUUUGGAGGAUGGUUUGAUGGUUUUUAAACACAGAGCUUUUCCCAGCUCUUUUGCAGUAUUCAGGGUGUUAAUCCCAAAUGGUCUGGCCAGAUUCCAGCGUGACCAAUUCCUUUCCAUUGACACAACUUCUCUUGGCAAUUUUGAGCAUAUCAGCAUUGCUCACUUACCCUGAGCUAUUGUGAGAGGCUGUUUUUAAAAAACAGCUGUUUCACUGGUGGCUGAAGUAUCUGGAAAAAUUCCUUGCAAGCCCAGGCUGAAUAACUUUAUGUCUGCUAUGGGUUUGAGAUCUUGGAGUACAAAGUGGCCUGCAGGUGACUGAGCUGUGUAAAAUUAAGUUCAUUGAGCAGUGUCAGUGUCAGGCAGGAGGCCAACAUGUGAGUCUUAAAGAGGGAGAGAGCUGCAUGUACUCUAAAAAUGGCCAUUUUGUUUAGAGCAGAAAAUAUAGGAAAUACGGAGUUUCUUCUAGUGCCUCAAUCCUAUUUUCCUGUGUUAUUUAGGCUCUUCUGAGAUUCCUCAGAAUCUUCUUAACGAUGUUUAGCCUUUGUUUAUUGUUCACCUGUUCUUGGAAAGACAUCAUAAGGAGUAAAGAACUCAGCCUCAUGACAUCCUUCUGAGGGAGAGAAGUGUCUCUUUUCAAAACAGACACAAAUAGGUUGGCUUUGUUACUGCCUUUUGUUGCUGGUGAGAGGAAUGCCGUCAUGGUUAGCAGGGGCAGGCUGGAGCAGAAAAUAUUCAGUGCUGACCUAGGCUUCCUUAGGAAACGGGGACUCAUCCAUCCUGUCUAAACAUUGCAGAAUUGUUUUCCAUUUUUUGUCAAAGAGCUGCUGUUAAACCACACAAAAUAGAGGGUAACUGGUUGGGAACUCAGCAGCAGGAAAGAACAGGAAAACCUGUGCUCUGUUAAGAUGUCAUUCCUCGAGGGUGCUGUGGAGUUUGGGGUGAUGCUGGUAUGGGGAGCUUGGCUGCUCCACAGUGAGGGCAGCACUGGAGCGUAUGGAGCAGCUUUUCCUCUCUGGGGUCGUUUUUUCCUUCACUCUGCAUUAACUAAGCUUGCCUCCACCCAACAGAUGGCAAAGCCGGAGUUUUAAGUUUUGCCUGUCUGGCCCAGGCUGUGGAAGAGACACUCCCUGGUCAGAGGCCUUUAGGCUGUGAGUCACAAAUGUUCCAGACCCAUAAAGGCAUCUGAGCUUCCAGUGAGAGGGAGAAAGAUGUGACAACCUCAACAAUAUUAGGAGCUGCAUCCAACAAUCACUUCUUCACUUCUGAUCAGCAGCAUCUGUCCCUCACAGAUUUCUCAUGUGCACUUUGCUGGGGAAAGCACUGUAAGAAGAGUGUUGAUUUCUCUGUGGGAUUGAGGCUGAAUGAAGCAUUAGGAGCACAGGUCUUAUUUCUCAAGAUGCUCUGGCAAAACGCAUGCUGUUAGGAGCUAAAUCUCUUUGAAUUAGAGGAGCAGGAGAUGGGAGAGAUCUGUGAUCACCUUGUUCUCCCAGGUGCUGGGACAGAUAUGCUCUUGGAAGCUGCGCGCUCCCAUUCAGUGUGAAGUGACUCAACAUGGCAAAUGCCUCGCUGUGAGACUUGGCUGAUUUUGGCCAUUGGGAUUUCUUUCCAAGCUAAUCCUAUCAUCAGGGAUUUGCCUGCAGUUCACCUCACAAGCUGCUCAGCAGUUGCGUUUGUUUUCUUCUAGUGCCUUUUACCAUGAGAACGUCCAAAAGCUCCUUAGCAGGCAGAGGGCUGGUGAGGAGUUGUGCCCCAGUUGUUUGCAGCUCCACCAUGGCACUGAGCCAGCCUCAGACACAUAAAAUCUGUAAGGAACAUGCUGAUUUCUGCAGUGCUGGCUGGCUCACCAAGUUCCUAGGACACUCCCGCUCAUCCAGAGCUGCACAGCAUCCUUUUUGACAAGAAAUGAAUGUUUUACAGUUGGGACUGGAAUGGAUUGUAUUUAAUUCGGAUUUAAGUUUCUCUUGUGAUGUAGAAACUGUAACUGUGGCAUUUUGCUGUGUUGCCUGAGUGGAUCUAUUUCCUAAAAGCAUCUGAGCACAACACAAACAGUGUGUGCCUACCUUUAAGAAAAGGUACAUUAAAUAUUUUCUUAUA